GGUAUUUUUUGUGAUGUAAAGUUAUCUGUGGUAUGUAUCGUUUUGUGCAUGGUUGUGUAGGUUAAAGCGGUUUUUGUUCGGAUCAUUUAUUUAGCUCGGCUUAAGAAUGACUAAGAUAAGGAAACAGAAGAGAAAGAAGCAAUAUCGUUAUAGUGUUAACAGGAAGAAGAAUAGGAGGACAAAACUUCCUUCCAUAACGUGUCCACAAGUAAAGAAAGCUUGGGAACAGACAAGAACUGUUGAGCAAAAUUUAAAUGACAUGGGACUGGCAUAUGAUUCAAACAAGGCACUUAAAAUACCAAGUUCAAAGGAAUUGCUGCUCCCAAUGGAAUGUGAUGGAGAGAAUAUUAAAUGUGAUGAAGAGAUAAGUGUUCCUAUAAAAACAUAUGUUGCCAAGGGACUGGAGGAGGAUGCUAAGGCUCCAAGGGUAAAGAACUUCAGACUGCCAAACAAUCAAAUUACUUGGCUGACAUAUCUCAUGGAUAAAUAUGAAGAUGAUUACAAGGCAAUGGCAAAGGAUCCUAAAAACUAUUACCAAGAGACGUGGAGGCAAAUUCGAAACAAAAUAAAGAAGUUUAAGAAUAUUCCAGAGCAGUAUGACAUGUACAUGGAGUCUCGUAAGAAACAAAAUUCAGUUAAUAGUAUUUUGUAAUGUUCUUGAACACUUUUGUAUAAUAGAGUGAAUUCCUUUUAUGUUUGUUACUUGUUAUGAAUAAGUGUUUAAAUCAGGAUUCCAUGUGAUGUUUGGUAAUUGACUGUUGGAAAGGAUACACAUUAUUUCAGUGUGUGUGUUUAAUAACAGUAAUUAACAUUUGAAGUGUUCAGGGGGACACUUAUUCAGAAUCUUGCCAGUAAAAUGAGAACAACAGGCAUGUUAACAGAUGGGAAAUCAAAACAUGAGUAUGAGAAUAUUAAGUAUUAACAGAAAAAAUGUUGGAUGAAAUUGAAGCUUGACUUGAAUUAUUGCACUGACUCUCCUUUCCUGUUCUAGCUGUAAAAUCAUCUCAUUGAGCAAAGAGUGUAAAAACUUAAUGUGGGCAGCCAGUCUUCCUUGGUGUAGUCCAACCAAAGUGGUUUUUUCUUGAGUAAAAUUCAGGUUCUUGGAAAAAAAAGUAGUUCACAGAAACAUUCAUUUACAAAUUUUGAAGUAGUAAUAAUUUGUGGACAAAAUAUGAUUAGCCAGUACAUAGGACUGGGGGCUGUUGUUGUUGUGUACCUUCUGCUGCUUGCAGCUAGAAUACUGUUUCAGUUUAGAGAAUUCAUUGGCCUGAAUUGUUAUACCCUGGAAUAAUUCCAUACUUAUAACUUCUUUUAGAAAACCACUAGUUUUACUUUAAUACUCUAUAGCAAGACUUAAAAAAUUUGUUUUGUUCACCAGAACAACAUAUAAAAUCCAACUUCAUGAAACAUAUGUCAGAGAUACUCUUUACUGCAGUUAUUUUACAAUUAAAUACACUAUAAUGUAAUGGCAAGAAUUAUGAAUACAAGUGUUCCAUCACUGCUGCUCUGACCAAAUGUCAUAUCAUCGAAUAAUCACACAAGGUUGACAUCUCCCUGGGAGAAGGAAGUGUGGAUGACAUCUAGGACAGUCCAGUUUUUGGCCAUCAGUAACUACAUUAUCAUGUCGAAAAUGCAUAAUGCUUUGGCCAUGAUUGUGUGAAUAAACUGGUACAGAGAUGAACAA